GCCGGGAGGCAGCUGACAGGCGUCUGCGCCUUCGCUUCAUGGCCGCCCUCCCGCCCCGCCUGGGCUCUGUGGGGAGUGGGGGAGCCCGCGGCGGCCGGGAGCCAGAGCUGGCGAGCCGAGCAGGGGGCUGUGCGCGGCGCCGCUGAGGCGCAGCAUGUGAAGAGGAGACGGCUUCCAGUGCGAGGCGAGCCUCUCAGCCGGCCGGGAUGGCUACGACGGCCGAGCUCUUCGAGGAGCCUUUUGUGGCAGAUGAGUAUAUUGAAAGACUUGUGUGGAGAACCCCAGGAGGAGGCUCUAGAGGGGGACCUGAAGCUUUUGAUCCCAAAAGGUUAUUAGAAGAAUUUGUAAAUCAUAUUCAAGAACUCCAGAUAAUGGAUGAAAGGAUUCAAAGGAAAGUAGAGAAACUAGAGCAACAGUGUCAGAAAGAAGCCAAGGAAUUUGCCAAGAAGGUACAAGAGCUCCAGAAAAGCAAUCAGGUUGCCUUCCAACAUUUCCAAGAACUAGAUGAGCACAUCAGCUAUGUAGCAACCAAGGUCUGUCACCUUGGAGACCAGUUGGAAGGGGUAAACACACCUAGACAACGGGCAGUGGAGGCUCAGAAAUUGAUGAAAUACUUCAAUGAGUUUCUAGAUGGAGAAUUGAAAUCUGAUGUUUUUACAAAUUCUGAAAAGAUCAAGGAGGCAGCAGACAUCAUUCAGAAGUUGCACCUAAUUGCCCAAGAGUUACCUUUUGACAGAUUUUCAGAAGUAAAAUCCAAAAUUGCGAGUAAAUACCAUGAUUUAGAAUGCCAACUGAUUCAGGAGUUUACCAGUGCUCAAAGAAGAGGUGAAAUCUCCAGAAUGCGAGAAGUAGCAGCAGUUUUGCUUCAUUUUAAGGGUUAUUCCCAUUGUGUUGAUGUUUAUAUAAAACAGUGCCAGGAGGGUGCUUACUUGAGAAAUGAUAUAUUUGAAGAUGCAGCAAUACUCUGUCAACGGGUAAACAAACAAGUUGGAGAUAUCUUUAGUAAUCCAGAAACAGUACUGGCUAAACUUAUUCAAAAUGUAUUUGAAAUCAAACUACAGAGUUUUGUGAAAGACCAGUUAGAAGAAUGUAGGAAGUCUGAUGCAGAGCAGUAUCUCAAAAAUCUCUAUGAUUUAUAUACAAGAACCACAAAUCUUUCCAGCAAGUUGAUGGAGUUUAACUUAGGUACUGAUAAACAGACUUUCUUGUCUAAGCUUAUCAAAUCCAUUUUCAUUUCCUAUUUGGAGAACUACAUUGAGGUAGAGACUGGAUAUUUGAAAAGCAGAAGUGCUAUGAUCCUACAGCGCUAUUAUGAUUCAAAAAACCAUCAAAAGAGAUCCAUUGGCACAGGAGGUAUUCAAGAUUUGAAAGAGAGAAUUAGACAACGUACUAACUUACCACUGGGGCCAAGUAUCGAUACUCAUGGGGAAACUUUCCUAUCUCAAGAAGUGGUGGUUAAUCUUUUACAAGAAACCAAACAAGCCUUUGAAAGAUGUCAUAGGCUUUCUGAUCCUUCUGAUUUACCAAGGAAUGCCUUUAGAAUUUUUACCAUUCUUGUGGAAUUUUUAUGUAUUGAGCAUAUCGAUUAUGCUUUGGAAACAGGACUUGCUGGAAUUCCUUCUUCAGAUUCUAGGAAUGCAAAUCUCUAUUUUUUGGAUGUUGUGCAACAGGCCAAUACUAUUUUUCAUCUUUUUGACAAGCAGUUUAAUGAUCACCUUAUGCCACUAAUAAGCUCUUCUCCUAAGUUAUCUGAAUGCCUUCAGAAGAAAAAAGAAAUAAUUGAACAAAUGGAGAUGAAAUUGGAUACUGGCAUUGAUAGGACGUUAAAUUGUAUGAUUGGACAGAUGAAGCAUAUCUUGGCUGCAGAACAAAAGAAAACAGAUUUUAAGCCAGAAGAUGAAAACAAUGUUUUGAUUCAAUAUACUAAUGCCUGUGUUAAAGUCUGUGCUUACGUGAGAAAGCAAGUGGAAAAGAUUAAAAAUUCCAUGGAUGGGAAGAAUGUGGAUACAGUUUUGAUGGAACUUGGCGUACGUUUUCAUCGACUUAUUUAUGAGCAUCUUCAACAAUAUUCCUACAGUUGUAUGGGUGGCAUGUUAGCAAUUUGUGAUGUAGCUGAAUAUAGGAAGUGUGCCAAAGACUUCAAGAUCCCACUGGUAUUACAGCUUUUUGAUACUCUGCAUGCACUUUGCAAUCUUCUGGUAGUCGCCCCAGAUAAUUUAAAGCAAGUCUGCUCAGGAGAACAACUUGCUAAUCUGGACAAAAACAUUCUUCACUCCUUCGUACAACUUCGUGCUGACUAUAGAUCUGCCCGCCUUGCUCGACAUUUCAGCUGAGGUUGAAUUUACAAGGGAAACAUGUUGUACUUCAGCAGGUCUUGGUUGACAGAAAGCACAGGAGAUUUCUUAUGACACAGCCAACAUUUUAUGGAAAAAUGACUGUUUGGAAAAACAGCAGCCAUACUUACCCUUGAGAUUUUAUUUGAAAUUUGGACACUACCCAGCCAUAUUUUGCUUUUUUCCCCUUAAGUUAAAUUUUAAUUCCAUUCUUGAACUUAACAAAUUUCAAAUUCUAAAUUUCAAAUUAUGUGAAACUACGUGUCACUCUUUUCAUCCUGGAAAAUGCUGGUGUCAGAAGACAAAUGAGAUGUUAUCACUGUUCCAGUUCAUGUUCUUUGACAUAUUCCAUUGGGAAGUUUCACCAUCCUAUUUUUCAUUGAUGGUAAAAUACAGCAAAACUGCAUUUAUUAUUUACCAAUUUUUAAAGACCUUUUCAGCACUUGGUAAUUGUUAACCAAUUGUUAUUUUAGGUUUUCUUAGAGAACUUUUGCCUCUUUCAAAAGGUUAACAACUGAGCAUAAUUUCUGUAGUUGGUUAAUUGGAUUUUUCCCUGAGGUACAACAAUAGUAUUCCAAGAAAAAUGUUAUAAACUGAACUAAUAUGAUGAAAUGUUUUAUGUAGAUAUUAGGAGUGGAUCAGAAUACAUCUGCUUUCUGGGUAAAAAAACUUAAAGUUUACUAUUUCUUAUUUCAUAAACAGAUUUUAAGCCAAUGCUAGCAAGAAAUUAAUAAGUCUACCUUAUUUUAUAUUUCACUUAAGGUAAGGUGGAGGACCUUAACUGAAGGACCAUAUUUAUUCAUUAUUUUAAUAUUAUAAGGGAAGUAAAGUUGAGGUAUAGUCUAAAUGGUGAAUAUGAGAAAUAUUGACAGUGUUUAGCAACAAUGCAGCCCUUUAAGAUUACUUUCUUAAUACUAAACUGGAAUAAGAUGGGAUGGCUGAACAUUGAUAAUCUAUUUUAAGGGGAAUCAGUAAUUGAUAGAUAGCAUUAUAUAUUCUAAGUCUGGAGACAAGCUUUGUGAAGACUGAUUGCUUUUCAGAUCUAUAGUUUCUGUCAUCUUUUUCAAGGCAUUUCUGAAGCAAUUCUUGAAUGGAGUUAACUGAAUUGGCUUAAUAUGGUGACAUAAUAAAUCACUUAUAAAAUUUUAAACGUCAAGUGGAAAUUUAGCAAGGCUAUUUACUCUACAAUCUCUCUAAACUUGCUCUGCAAGAAUUCAUUCUUAUCUGUGUGUAGUAUUUCAGUUCCCUUUGUGUUGUUCGCAAUCUUCUAAGAACAGAUAAACUUUAAUGUUCAGCUCAUUCUUGGCAUUUUUUUCCUUUAAUGUAGGCUUUUUGGCCUAAUUUUGGCAAACUACUUUUCUUUUAAGACUAUGUUUCUGAAUAGUCAUCAAUCUUACCAAAACUUCCAGAUCCAGCACUACCUACUGUUUAAGUUACUAUUGACUGAAUUUUCUUAAUUUUCUGUUUAGCCCAGUGUUAUCAAGGUAAGCAAAAGAAACAAAGUAUGCCAACUUUUAUCAAAGCAUUUUAGAAAAUUAUGGCAGCUUUAGAAAGCUGUCUAGUUUUCUAUUCCCUAGCCAAGGGGAGAGCCAGAACAGAUUUUGGAUACUAGAGAAAGUCAUAUGCUUGUACUAUUGCCAUUUUAGAAAGCUCUGAUGUGAAUUCAAAUUAUACCUCUGUUACUUAAAGCCAACAAUUUUAAAGCAGUAGUUUUACUGGCCAUUUGAACUCUUUGUACAGUGUCAAUUUGUUAAAAAAAAAAAAAAAAAAAAAAAAAAAAACAAGAGAGAGAGAAAGAGAAAACAAAAUCUUAAAUAAAACACAAGAGAACAUUUUAAGACUUCCAAAUCAGAGAAGUGCUUCAAAUUAUUUUGUUUGGAUUAAUUUUUUUAAAUGUAAAACAUAAACAUGUUGCUUAAAUAUUUUGUUAAUUAUUAUUACCAUGCUUGAAUUUUGUGCAAUAUUUUCCAUUAUGUCCAUUGACCAAGGCAGUGACAAAGAAAACUCAUAAGUGAAUACUUAAUUUAGAAGUGUUAACAUUAAUGCUUAAUAAACAAAUUCCCUGCAAUUGUUUUUUUAUUUCACUCCAUUUUUUACAUGUUAAGGGUAUCCAUACUUAAUUUUCUAAAUUAUUGCUAUUUAAGUUUUUAAGAUGUUCCUUAUUUUUUAUAGGUCUUCUCACCUCCUUUUUUUUUUUUAGAAGAAAAAUACUUUUUUUUUUCUAAGAUUAGAAAUUUAACUGAUUAUCUUUCUUUAAAAAAUUUUGUUCUAUAAAGCCCUGUGCAUUCCUUGCAUUCUUUUUAUUCCAAUUUUUAAAGCAUUUUUUAUAUUUAUGACCACUAUUAAAUUUUGCCCACAAUUUAUGACUCAAAAAAGAUGAUCAAUAAGUAAGAUGUUUUUCAAAUGCACAUGAUAAAAUUUUAAGUAGCAAUAAUGGAACUUUGUAUAUUAGUAACAUUAGACAACAUUUGAUUAAAGAGAAUCCUUAAUAGUUUUCUGCAUUUCUACAGGAGCUAACAGACAAUAUCUAUGUAAUGUUUUGAAGUGGAAAAUAUGCUCCAAAACACUGCAAAUUAUUUUUCUGAAACUUAAGUAUAUUAUGUUAAAAUACAGGACACAGGUUUUAGCCUCUUUAAGUUAUGGUAUUGAAAAUGACAGUCGACCACAGUAGAUGAAUAGUCCUUAUGAAGAAUUAUAAAAUAACAGUUGAAUGAAUCUUUAGACAGAUGACUCAUUGACUAUUUCAAGACAAGUAUUAGCCUCAUUUUGAGCAUCUCCAUGGUUGCAAGUACCUAGCACCUAACUUUUUUAAAAAAGAACUGCUAAAUACAUUAACUUAUGAUAUAUUUAGAUGAUUUUCUUUCCUCUUUCACUUUAAAUUUUCACUAUCUGAACAUCAGCCUUCUGGCUUACAGUGAAAUAAUUUUAUUAUUAGAUUGAUUCAAAGUGGAGAAUGUACUGCUUCCUUAAAAUGCCUUUUUCUCAUCUAAGAUGGUGAAUAUUUACAGGUAUCCAGAUAAAGAGAUUUUGGUUCCUGAAAUGCCACAAAACCUUUUAAGGUGGUCAUGUUUAUAAGUUAGUGCCUAAAACAUGCUUGAACAACUGUUAUGUGAGAGUCAGCAAGGUUCACUCUGUGCAUAAUUUGUUAUUAACUUAAAAAGCUCAAAUCUGGGAUUUAACUUUUUUUUUAUCAAUACAAAAGUAGGUUUCAUAUUACCCACAUACUAUUCAUUGACUCAGAAGUGUGAGGUACUUUCUAGAAGUGUACUGAAUUCUCCUGAUUUCUAUUGGAGAAUUUGAUAUCAAAAGCACUUUAAGCUUUCAUCCAGUGAAUUUCAGUAUACUCAAUUCGGUAGUACUUCUCUCCGCUUGAGAAACUCGGUCCUGAAAUACGUUAUGUGCUUUGGAGGAAAAGACCAGUUUAUAUUGUUAGAGUAAAUAAUUCUACAUAAAGUAAAACAACAAUUUUUAAAUAUUGAUGCAUAAUAAAGAUAAUUCUAGCUACAUUUAUUGGUUCAAAUUCAGUGCACUAUGCUAAUCAUUUGUACACAUGAUCUCAUUUGAUUCCAAAACAGCCUUAAGAGUUGGGUAGUAUUAUCUCCAUUUGACAGAUGAAAUAUCUAAGCCACAAAAAACAUUAAGUAGACCUGCUAAAGGUCUGUAGGUAAUAAAAGGCUCAGAUUGAAACCUAAAUCUUUCUCACUCACUCUUGAUGUUCUGUGCACUAUUCUCCCUAUGUAACAUUAAAUAGGUCUUUUAUUUUGAUAGACUCAUUAGUUUUCCUUAGUCUAAUUUCCUUCUCAUUCAAUGUUUGUUUCCCACUGUAGUGUUUAGGCUAUGAAGUUGAUACACAGGAUCAGUAUUUCAUUUACUGUUGGAUUU